CGAGCAGUUGCGUUCAGAAGACUGAAGACCUUCGUGGGCCGCAAUUCGCUUUCCGGCUGUUCGGCAACGAGUAUUACUGAAUCGAAAUCAGGAUGAGGCACAACAUGGUGGCCUACCUGUACUGCCUGGUCAGGGAUCUGUACGCCGAGCACGGGGAUCCACGAGUGGCCCAUUUGCCCUUGCUGGGCAACUUGUGGAUCGUGCUGGCCAUUGUGGCGGCCUAUGUGGCCUUUGUACUCCACUGGCCACGUUGGAUGGAACACCGGAAUCCCUUCGAGCUGAAGCGGGUGAUGCAGGUGUACAAUGUGGUGCAGGUGCUGACCAAUGCCACCAUAUUCUACAUAGGCCUGACCAACACCUACCUGCAACCGGGAUACAGUUGGACCUGCCAGCCGGUGGAUCACAAGGACACCUCGCCGGCCAUGAUGAAUACCCUGUAUGCCUCGUAUGCGUACUAUAUGCUCAAGUAUUUGGAUCUCCUAGAUACGGUUUUCAUAGUACUAAGGAAGAAGAACUCGCAGGUGAGCUUCCUGCAUGUCUACCACCACGGCGGCAUGGUCUUCGGGGUGUCCAUCUUCAUGACCUUUUUGGGCGGCUCGCACUGCACCAUGCUGGGGAUCAUCAAUCUCCUGGUGCACACGGUGAUGUAUGCCUACUACUAUGCCGCCUCCUUGGGAGCCGUGAAGAACCUUCUGUGGUGGAAACGGAUCACGCAGCUCCAGCUGAUGCAGUUCGGCUACCUCACCUGCCAUUUCCUGCUCGUGAUCGUCCGGAAUCCCUGCCAGUUCCCCGUCUUCAUCGCCUUCAUCGGAUUCAUCCAGAACAUCUUCAUGUUCUCCAUGUUCUUCGACUUCUAUUACAAAACCUACAUACGCAAGCAGCGGAAAUCGGCGGAGACCAAGCUGAAAACCAGCUGAACUUCGAUAGCAAAUAAGGUUCAAGUUCACUGCGCGUCAUUUCCAUAUUAAAUUGUGUAAUAAGCUGGUCGGUCGCUUAUGCAAAUAGGCCCCGAUCGAACCCAAAAUGCCUGGUAUAAAUAAACAUUCGGAUUGCGCCCCAACCCCUCCGCUUCAUCGCCACAAAAAAUA